ACUGAGGCCUGCCACCUAGUGGACACGGGGAGGGCCGCAAGGAAGGCUGCCCCGUGGCUGAGGGAGAGGACCCAGACCCCGAUCUCAGCCUCAGGCUGUGGGGGGAUAGAUGCCCCCCCUCCAGACCUCAGGCUGAGGACGCUGAGCCUCAGGCUGUGGGGACACAGACCCCGCCUUCCAGAACUGGGGCUGAGGGGGCAGAGCCCAGAUGCAAGGCUGGGGGCGGGGGCAACAGCGACGCCUGGGGCUUCGGGAAGGCCCUGGGGGGCAAGCCCUAGCGGAGACUGAAAAAGUGGGCCCCCACCUUGAGCGCGGACAGAGGCCAGAGACCAGGCUGGAGAUGCCCCCCGUGUUAUGCUGCCCAGACGUGGAGCCCCUGAGCAGCCGCUUGGCUCCCUGGGCCCAUAACCCUGCGGCCCUGAAGGUACCUGGCCGGAGGCUGGGGCUGAUCCCGGCAGCCAUGUUCUCCCUGCCAUCCCUCCCCUCCUGGCUCCCCAGCCUCCCCUCCCUCCAGUGGGGCUCCGGCCUCCUCGACUCUGUCCUUCAAGGUGAGCGCCGCCUCCUCAUCCCGCGCAGCCCCGCCCCUCGGGCAGCUCUGGGACCCCCCCGCAGGGUGGACCCCCCACGUGGGUCUCCCACCACCUGUCACCCUGCCAAACUCGCUUGCCCUCCCUCCUGCCCCUCAGGCCUCAUCGGGGCCAGUGGAGUCUCGGUCCUGAACAGCCUCCUGAAGGUCUACUUCUUUGUGAACUGUGCCAACAACCCCGAGCGGCGGCUGGAGAAGGAGCGGCUGCAGGCCCAGUGGGCCUCGCUGGAGAUGGUGCACCUGGCCGGGCUGGCCCUGAUCCUGACCCUCCUGGGGGCCCGGGUGGCCGCCCUGGUGGUGCUUGAGUUCUCCCUCCGGGCUGUCUCCACACUGCUCUCCCUGGGCAAGGGCUCCGAGGGGGAGAGGCUGCAGCUGUACUUGCUGAGCCAGCACUCACUGGGCUGCGGGCUGACCUGCGGCCUGAGCUUCCUGCAGGAGGGCGCCCCUCACCGCACCCUGAGCCUGCUGCUGGGCCUCUGGCUGGCCACCCUGCUCAGCGCGGGCGCCCGGCGCCUCUGCCGCCACGCCUGCCAGCUCUACGAGCCGCACCGCGGCCUGCAGAGCUGCGGGGUGUGCCUGGGCCUGCUGGCUGGCGCUCCGCACCUGCCCCGGCUGCUGGCCCGCGCCCUGGCCGUGGCCUUCGCCGUGGGCAACCUGGCGGCCGUGGCCCUCGUCAACCGGGACUUCCCCACCACCUCGGACGCCGUGCGCUUCUGGAUGCCGCUCGUCAUCUGCUACGCCCUGCUGGUCAUCUACAUGCAGGAGGAACAGCGGCAACACCCCGGCCUGCAGAGCCAGGUCCAGACGUUGCUGGUGCGCAUGGGUGGUCUCUUCGUGCUGCUGCUGACCGUGGGCUGCUGGCUGGACCUCCCGGGACUCCUCCUGUCCCUGCUGGGUGAGCUCUGGUGCCUGGCACGCAGCCGCACUCUGCUCGACCUUUGCCAGAUACAGGAUUUUCCAUCCCAGAGGCCUUCGGGCUCAGCUCCAAGGCAGUCCCAGCCCCAGCCCUCAGCAGCUGCCCAGCCCCAGGACACAGCCCCCUCCUGACCUGCCUUAGCAAGGACUUGAAGUCCGUCUUAGGCCCACCCAGGCUCAUCUGGAGGCCUUGACUCCAGGAUACUGCCCCGCAGCAGAGGGGCCAGCCCCACCUGGAGCUCAAGGUGGGCGCUGGGGGCUCCUGCCGGGAGGCGAAGGCUUGGGGCUAGGGACCUCAGAAGGGGGGCACCAGGAAGCCAGUGGAUGAAGCCCUGUUUUUCUCAGGAUGGACAAUGCAUACAGCCCCCUCAGACCCUCCUUCCCCAGGGGGGUUGGGGAAUGGGGAAGAAUUGCAUCCUCAGAAUGGCCCCCCUUUACUGGCCUCCCUCUCCUCCUCCAUGACAACAAUAAAGAUGAUUUUUC